AUGGGAGGCAUCUUAACCCUUUCAGACCCCUUGUCCAUUUCAAUGGACACUACUUGUCGAGAUCUCAAUGGUUGUUUUUACUUGUGUGCUUGUAAUAUAUCUCUGCUAUAUGAAAAUAACUUCUCUGAUGCAACUGUGCCUUUUUUUUUUUGUAAUGUAGGGGAUGAAACUAAUUUAUUUUACAUUACCAAAGAAUUUUAUCAUAUUGAGAGUGAUCCUUCCCAAAUGCUGGAUUUGCUGUCAGGUGAGGUUUCUGACUUCGAGCUCUCAAAAAACGAUGAAAGUGGCCUUGAUGAUGCAGAAUGUAUUCCACAAUGCACUAGACCUGGUGCUGAUGUCACAAACUACGAAGAGGAACAACUGGAGGACGAUAGUUGCAGCACAAAAGAAGAUGACCAAAAUCAUAUAUAUGCACAGGACUCAAAUGUUAAAGACUCCAUUAUUCCAUCUGAGUGGGUAUUUAGUGAAAAAAAAAGUGAUAUUAGAUGGAGAAGAAAAUCGCCUACACUCCAAAGCACACCUGUAGGUGAAGACCAGUAUUCAGUGCAGCCAUCAGAGUGUGAUAUGACACCCAUUGAAUAUUUUUCAGAGUACAUUUGUCAUGCUUGCUUAGAAAAUAUGGUUGAAAAAACCAACAUGUAUGCAUUGCUACAUGGGAAAACAUUCACACCGACAAAUGUAAUGGAAAUAAAGGCUUUCCUAGGACUUCAUAUAAUUAUGGGAUGCUUGAAAUAUCCCAGAGUUAGAAUGUAUUGA